UGUUUCGGCGAUUGCAGCGUACCGGUCGGCGAUAUCUAUCCCAAUUACGGGGAAUCAAACCGAAGAAUAGUUUACUGUUCAAAAAAAAAAAACCAAGGCAUAAAUCAAAGAGGCCAAAAAAUAAAAAUGGACUGAAGAAGUCCAGAAAAUAUCUGGUCUAUUCUCUCAGAAACAAAUGGUAAAGUAUCAGACAGCCUAGUGGCUCCCAUCGUGCCAGAGAUGACAUCAGGAAUGGCAAUCAUAAUCACUGGUCGUUGGGAAAGAAGGUAACCUCGCUGGUCGGUGAUCAGACCUCAGUUCCCUCCUCUCUCUCAAACUGGAACCCUUGACCCGAGGAGCCGAAUUUCGUCAUUCCUCAAGGGGAACAUCUCUCUCUCUCUCGAUCGAUCGAUCGAUCGAUCGAUCGAUCGAGGGGGUGGCGCGAUGGAGGAGGAAGGAUGGAGGGAGAGGGGGGAGGAGAGGGGAGGUGGUGGUGGUAGGCGGCGGCAAGCUCGGCCAAGCUGGGAGUGGGGAUCACAUCGUAGCCGGAAGAGUGGCACCGUGAUGCCCUUCAAGGCCUUCUCCAUCGCCACCCUCUUCGUCGGCGCCGGCGCCACAGCUGUCGCCUGCAUUCAUACGGUGGAUGACGUGAAGGAAGUUGGUGCAGGCAUUCGGAGAUGAGGGGGAGCUCGUCCGAGCGAGACGAAAUAAUCUGGCCCUUGAGGCAUUUUGUCUGCAAGGAGAAUGCGAACAUCUAACGAUCUUGUCGUCUCUCUUAACGAUUUUUUUUUUUUUCUUUCUUUUAUGUCUCUUAACGAUCAACAUGCUGUGGUACUUGAAUACACCACUCAUUGAUUUGUAGGACUUGUCGGGGAUUUAAGUUUUAACUCUUUUGUUUAAGGAAAAUUUUGGAGCAGCUUGGUGCAGAAGGUGCCUUCUUGUAACUGACUAUAUAUCCCUUUUGGUUUAAUUUACAGGGAUUCAUAGACAAUUAUAGAUCGUGUCAAGUAAAACUUACUGUGUUUGCUAACAUAGGACGUGUUGGCAUACCUUGAGAUUAAGCAUUAUAAACUGCUAUUCC